AUGGGGCAGGGGUGGCAUGUUAGUUUUGAUCACUACUACGACAAUCUGAGCGCCAAGCAGUGUCAUGGGAAACCGCUUCCUUGUAAUGUGACCGCCAUGUCCCAAUGUGUAUCUAAAGAACUCGCAAACACAAUACCGCUUCGGAAAGCGGGAAUACUCUCGGCUUCGUACGCCGCCCUGCGGUACGGUGCGUGGGUCUUGGAGUUGAAGGGACACCUCCAAGCCAAAGUCAAUGGUUCAUCUCAAAUGAAAUACGUGCAUAAUGUGUGUUUCGCCUCUAAGCUCGCAUGCGUAGUACUGUAUGUGAAUAUGGGAUGGGCGCAAAGAUGA